AUGGUGCUGUUCCCCCUCCUUCUCAUGCUGCUAGCGACAGCUUCAGCGCCCUCCGAGGCCAAGUGUGUGAUGACACAGACGUGCGUGAACCCCGACAACGAGCCAGACUACGACAAGUGUAUCCCCGAGGCGCACAAGGGACCUGCAGAACCGCAGUCCAUGACUGGAGAUGGCUGGCCGAGUGUUGUCGGUGGUGGCAACUGCACUACCGCUACCGACUGUAGUGGCAAAGGCCAAUGUAUCAGCGGCGCAUGUGUAUGCCGCAGAGACGGCAUGGCUGCGGGUCCUCACUGCGAUCAGUUUAUCAUCCAAUGCCCUGCCUACAAAGACAGCGCCUGCUGCUCGUGGCAACAGAAUCAAGCGAUGGCCGAGAACUUCAAGUUGGUAGCGAGUGUCUUUGGCAAGAACAGCGCCGGAGGUUGCGACGCCUGUGCCGCCAACCUCAUGAGUCUAUGGUGCGGUCUAGUCUGUUCUCCCGAGCAGGAUCAGUUCAUGCAGAUGGCUCACGAGUGGCCGAGUAAUAACUACCGACCGGACCCCAUGACUGGCAAGGAGAAGGUCAAGGUGUUGGAGCUGAAUGUAUCACUAGCCAAGGACAUGACCUGUGCAAUCUUUGACUCCUGCAAGAACACGGCUAUGGCGUCCAUGGCGGCCGCAAUGAAGUCAUCGUUGGGGUUUCUAAACUACCAGAUGCAGGUGGGAGCGGUGGGUCACGGAGAAUAUAUCACAAUGGCAUUCAACGCGAGCAAAGAUCAGUCGUUCGACCAUGACGUCCUCAAGUGCUCAAACUACUCUGAAGUUGCUGGCAUCCGUGAGACGCUCCCAAGUCAAGCUCAACUGCUGGAAUCUAUUGCGUCCAAGUCGACGGACGACAAGCAGUGUCCGUGUGGUGCAUGCCGAGCGACGUGUGAUACCCAUACGAGCUCGGGUAGCCACACCCACGUCGUCGACGACCCCAUCUCAGUGUUCGCUGGCUUCGACACGAAGCUUGUGGCUGCUGCCUACGGACUACUCGUGAUCCUUGCGUUUUCAUGGAGUAGAUGGAGAAAUCAUUAA